AUGGCAUCUCAAACGGAUCUCGAAAGCCAAAGGAAGGCGACCGACGAGCGCACGCCGCUUCUCGGAGCCUCGGCCGAGGAUGAGGAGGCGACUCGUCCACCUCCGGCAUACCAGGAUCGGAGGGCCGACGAUAACGAACACGACGAAAACCAGGACCCAGAGCAGGUUUACCUCAUUGCGCCGAGUCCUGAUGAGGAAGAGAAACCUAAGCGUACGACUGGAUGGUGGCUAUGGAGAGGAUUUUGGGCUGUUCUAGCCAUCUUCGUCUUGGCUGUUUUCAUUAAAGGGUGGGUUGACGCGAAGGAUACGUAUUUUGAUCUUGGAAAGGCACUCAAGAGAGCCCUGGGCGGUGGCUUGAGCGGCGCUGCUGCCAUGGUUCUGCAAGUUUUGACGCUUAUGCCUCUUCGUACGAUUAUGAACUACCAGUAUCGCUUUGGCACUGGAUUCCGAACUGCUACGGCGACUCUCUACCAUGACGGAGGCCUCGGUCGAUAUUACCAGGGACUUGGCGCUGCCCUUAUUCAGGGCCCCGUCUCCCGUUUCGGUGACACGGCAGCGAAUGCCGGUAUUUUGGCUCUUCUCGAGUCAAACUCGUUCUUGAACCAGCUCCCAACGCUCAUCAAGACCGUCUUUGCUUCGCUUUGCGCCGCCGCUUUCCGCAUGAUUCUGACUCCUAUUGACACUCUCAAGACUACACUCCAGGCACAAGGUGCGAAGGGCACUGCCAUUCUUCGCCAGCGUGUCAAAACCAACGGUAUCGGAAGUCUGUGGUGGGGAGCGUUCGCGACUGCUGCGGCUACCUUCGUUGGACACUAUCCGUGGUUCGGAACCUACAACUACCUGACCGCCAAUAUUCCCGAGCCUGACAAGAGCGAUAUCUUCGUUUGGCUUCUUCGUCUCGCCUUCAUCGGCUUCUGCGCUUCUAUUGUGUCUGACACUGUGUCAAACUCGCUGAGAGUUGUGAAGACGUAUCGCCAGGUCAAUGACACCAAGAUCUCUUACACGAAAGCAGCGAAGAAUGUCAUCGAGAGAGACGGCGUGCUCGGCUUCCUCGGCCGUGGCCUCAAGACUCGCAUCCUGGCCAAUGGCUUGCAGGGUGUUCUGUUCUCAAUUCUAUGGAAGCUCUUCCUUGACCUUUGGGAGAAGAAGACUAGCUCUUGA